GCGACGGGUGAGCCCCGAGUUGUCCGCACGGAAAAAACCAUGAAGAAAAAGCGGCGUAUUUGAGCAGGAAACACGGAGGGAAUACGUCGAGUGUGCGAGGCUUUGAGACUCUUGAUUUCUUAUCGUCAAUUAUUUCGUUUGGAGCUACUUUGUAUUUCGCUAGCUCGGUUGUGUUGCAGUCCUAUCCGUAGCUCGCUAGUCAAAAUUAGCUGCUAACUGAGCUAGCUACCCUUACAUGCUAGUUAGCUUGUGCAGUGCACCUGUCACCAGCCACCGUUUUUACAGCUUCUCUGUCCUUCAUAUAUCGAAAUUCAAAGUCUUAUUAGAUCUUUCAGAUAUAUACGGUCGUUGAAUUAAUCAUUGUAGCUGUAUUGUCAGUCACAGCCAAGUAGGGUCCCAAACAAACUUCCGCUGGCUGCAGCGGAGCUAGACAAAGAAGAUGAAAUAGCCUGCUCUCCUGACGUCCAGAAACAAGGGAUGUGCCGCAAACCAGUAUUUGUAGGCGUCAUGUCGGAUAAUCUGAGCCCAAGAUAAGUUAGUAUAUCGCACAAAAAGAGAUAAAACGCGAAGAAGAAGAGAUGGCUUCCUCUAAAGCGAAGGUAGGGGUCAACCACGAAAGCAACUCCGUGAGAGAGGGUAGAAAUAACGCUGGCGGUGCGGUGAUGUCAGCUGGAGAGGCAUCGCUGAACAACCGGAUAUAUUGUCUCGACGAUCUAGAGACAAUUUCCACUGUCGGCACGGGGACCUUUGGCCGCGUCUUCCUUGUCAAGGACAAGAAGAGCAGGGCCUUUUAUGCGCUCAAGCAAAUGAAGAUCCCUGACGUGAUCCGACUGAAGCAAGAGCAGCACGUCCACAACGAGAAGGAAGUUUUGACAGAGGUCAACCACCCCUUCCUCAUCCGGCUGUUUUGGACCCACCAUGACGAACAGUUCCUCUAUAUGCUCAUGGACUUUGUGCCAGGUGGUGAGCUGUUCAGCUACCUGCGCAGCCGUGGCCGGUUCAGUAACGCCACGGGCCUCUUCUACACCACGGAGAUUGUGUGCGCCAUCGAGUACCUGCACUCCAAAGAGAUAGUCUACCGCGACCUGAAGCCGGAGAACAUCCUCCUGGAUGGGGAGGGCCACAUCCGCCUCACCGACUUUGGCUUUGCUAAGAAACUCUCUGACAGGACAUGGACGCUUUGUGGCACUCCCGAGUACCUUGCUCCAGAAGUCAUACAAAGCAAGGGCCACGGCCGCGCAGUUGACUGGUGGGCCUUGGGCAUCCUCAUCUUUGAAAUGCUGGCAGGGUACCCCCCGUUUUUUGAUGACAACCCAUUUGGCAUCUAUCAGAAGAUCCUGGCCGGAAAGCUGGAAUUCCCACGGCAUCUAGACUUCUAUGUGAAAGACCUCAUCAAGAAGUUUCUUGUCAUUGACCGAGCCAGACGACUAGGCAACAUGAAGAACGGGGCAGAGGACGUGAAAAAGCACCGGUGGUUCAAGACGAUUGACUGGGAGGCCGUGCCUCUGAGGAAACUUAAGCCACCCAUCACCCCUAAGGUUUCUCAUGAGGGAGACACCUCCAACUUUGACGUCUACCCCGAGGACGAGUGGAAGAAAGACGCCCCCGUGCCUCAAAAGGAUUUGGAGAUCUUCAAGAACUUCUGACACCUGACCCCAGAACCCAGACCAGUAGCAGCAUAUCAUGUAACAACCAUCUGAGGUCAUUCUAAAGGGGUUUCAAUGAUAUGUGUAGUGAGCAUUAGGAAAAUACAUGUUAACCAAUGGAGAGGGGGAGUUUAUAAUUAAUGAAAUAAAAUGGCCCCCCUUCCAAAGAAGCAUUACUGAUCGAUUGAUAUCAAAUACACAAGAAACGCAUCCAAGAGUUUAAUUAUUCCACAUAAUUAUAUUUCUUUACAACUCUUUUGAUGUUCUUAGUUUUGAUUUUCAAUUCUUUUUGUUCCGUGUUUUUUUAUUUUUUUUAAUUUAUAUCAUUAUUUCUCUGAGCCUUUUCAUAUUAUGCAAAAAAAAAAAAUUGUUCCUUUGGUACCAAAGGACUGUUACUUUAUAUGUUGGGGGGAAAAGAAUAUAAUGAAAACUUUUUUAUAUUGUUUUAUAUUGUUGUCUCAAUUGAGAGGUUCUUUUAAAAAGUUAAGAAAAUUAAUGCUUAUGAUCCAAAAAUGCUGUUUUAUUCUUAUUUAAAUGUAAAUAGAUUGAAUUCAGGCCAUAUCCUACAUGGUAGUUUUUAUUAGACUGUACCACGUCGCUGUUCAUGACUGGAGCCCAGCACAGUGUCCAUCACAGGUGUGUAGUUGUUGGCUGGCCAGUAGUCACGACACAUUUUUCCACAUCACAGUCUCACAAAAUGAGCUUGUAUGUCUGCAUGCAUCAGUCAUACGUACAAGCCAGUACUCGGUUGCACUUGUAAAAAGGUGCCUUAUACUGUAGUGUAGUUUCACGGGCAUGAUGUCUCCAAAUCGUAACGUCUCUCAGCUUUAUGUGUUCACGCAAGCAGCGCAAAGGAACGCCGUGCUGUCGGCUGUUCGGAUAUGGGAAGCGGUUUUGUGUUGGAAGGGGACCGAAUCCCGGUGCUGAGCCUGCCGUCGUGUUUUUCCCCCUUUUUCUCCUCAGCGCUGUUAUUCGCUGUUCUUUGGCUGCGACUGAUCAGGGGUAACCCCAUCCCCGACCAAGUACUCGGUUAUUACGCCGCCAUAUGUCACAUCUGUUCUGGAUGCAGGCGCCUCAUCGUUCUGAAGUCUGUCUCCUCACAUAAGGCUCGACUGUUACCAUCGUUCUCAUGCCUUGAAGUGGGUCGAGUAAGGAAAAGGCAACGGCAGGUGUGUUGUCGCACACGAUAGAAUAACAGUCAGUAUUCAAUAACAUUUCAAUGAAUCAUGUACUCUUAUUUACCAGCAGCGGGCGUCAUCAUCAGCGAUUGAAAUAAUUUUUUUUUUAGAAUAGUCUCCAAAGAACAGUUUACGGUUUGGUACCCUAGUUUCAGUGUCACUGCAGUGUCAAAUUCGCAGGAAUCGUUUACAUCCAUCCGUUUCUUGGAAAUGAAUCAUGUGCAGGCAUGACCAGACCAGACCAGACCAUCUCUAGUUCACAUCUCAGUCAGCAGCUGUUGUUUCCUCCCUCUGUAGAACUAGUGUUUCUUUUUGUGAGGGGAUUUGAAAUGAUCACUCCUCCUAAUGAUGCCUGUAACACAACUUUGUAUUAAAUAGAUCCUGGCAACGAGGAGACGUUGGACUGGAUUCAGUAAGGAGCUUGUCUAUUUAGUACAAUUUUUGUACAAUGCAUGUAUUGUCUGUAACCCCACUCACCCCAGGUACCUUUAUUUUCUGUGUGGUGCUAACUUUGUCUCUGUAUGAAAUCUGUUUUUUUUUUUUUAUUCUGAACCUUUGCCUUUUUUUUUUUAAGAAAUUUUUUAUUCAAUUGUUUAUUUUUAUUUUUUAUUUUUUUUCUACUUCUAGAAACAACCGUACAUCAUUUUCUACCCAAUGCCUUUUAUUAUCGGUCCGUGUAUCACUUUAAAUUGCGAAAGUGAAAGCAAUGGCAAGUAUUUGUACAAGGUAUAGAAUACGCCAACCUUCAUCCCGAGGUUUUGAAAAUGGAGACGACAAGGAAUAAACACAUUCUCCUUU